AGCCACAGGUCGUAACUGCCGCACAAGCUGUUGCUCCCGCCUCCCCCGCAGGCCGCGUGCAGAGCAAUGGAGAGGCAGAGGAGCUCCUCCUCCGCCGCCAACUCGUACCACCUGCUAAGCCCCAAGAGCCUCCUCCUCCUCUCCUUCGCCUCUUCCUCCCUCCUCUUCGUCCUCCGCCACGGCCGCCCGCUCCACCUCCCCUUCGCCGACGCCUCCGCGGCCAUUGCACAGGCGCCGGUUCUUGGAGGUGGUGGGGACUCCAGGGGCGGCGCAGCGGUGGAGGUCGACGAGGCGGUUCUUGGGCGUGGGAGCGAGGGUUUGGGAAAAGAUUCUGGUGCGGAUGGAGCCCGCCGCUCGGGUGCUGGAGACUUGCUGGCACGGGGCGUGGGCUCGGGAAUGGAGGCGCAAGAAGCGGUUCUUGGAGGAGGAAAUGGUGGAGCACCCGUUAGUGAGGUUUUGGAGGGGCAAGAGCUUACGGAAGCUGGAAACCGCUCUCUUGGAGGCUUGGAUUCGGCUGUGGAGGUGAAAGAAGCUGCUCCUGAAGGCGGAGGUGGCGAGACGUUGGCGAAAGAUACGGUUUUGGAGAGGCCAAACUUAGCAGAAGGCAUGAAUCUUAGCAAAGAAACUCUUGGUUCGGCAACGGAGACGCAGUUAUCUGUUGGUAAUGUUUCUGCUUCCCAGAAGGCAGCUGCAUCAGCAGAGAUAUUGGUGGAAAUGAGAUCUGUGCGAGCUGUCAAUUUCUCCAUGGAAGCUUCAGGUCCUGCAAUAAGGGUGAGAGGCGAAUUCUUGCAAGGUGGCUAUGUCGAUGAUAGGCACAAUUCCUCUGUACAAGCAGCUUAUUUUUCUCAACACUGGGGGCAACUGGAAAGCUCAGAUCAUUCAACAGUAAAGAAAAACUCAGGAGCAGCUACAGUCCAAAAUCCUAAUCUGAUGCAGGAAACAACCAUGAGCAAAAUGGAUUUGGCGCGUAGGGAUGCAGCACGAUGUGAUGUGUAUGAUGGAAGUUGGGUGUUCGACGAGAGCUAUCCAAUUUACACGAGCGAUUCAUGCCCAUUUAUAGAUGAAGGAUUCAGCUGCGAAGCUAAUGGAAGAGUGGAUCUAAGCUACAUGAAGUGGAGGUGGCAGCCUAAGCAUUGCAAUGUCCCAAGGUUUGAUGCUAGGAAAAUGCUUGAGAUGCUGCGUGGAAAGCGACUAGUGUUUGUCGGAGACUCCAUUAACAGGAACCAAUGGGAAUCCAUGAUGUGCUUGCUGAGGACGGCAAUUUCAGAUCCUGCAAGGAUUCAUGAAACUCGUGGCCGCAAGAUUACUAAAGAGAAAGGAGAUUACAACUUCAAGUUCUUGGACUAUAAUUGCAGUGUGGAGUAUCAUGUGACACAUUUCUUGGUGCAUGAAGGCAAGACAAGAAUUAGCCAGAAGCGCACAAAGACGCUGCGGAUAGAUACCAUUGAUCGGAGCUCAUCAAGAUGGAAAGGUGCCGAUGUGCUUGUGUUCAACUCUGCUCACUGGUGGUCGCAUCACAAAACAAAAGCCGGAGUGAAUUACUAUCAAGAAGGGGAUCAUGUUUAUCCCCAUCUCGAUGCCUCUACAGCUUUCCAAAGAGCACUAACCACGUGGGCAUCAUGGGUCGACCGUUACAUCAAUCCACAGCGAACUCGAGUGUUCUUCCGAAGCUCAUCUCCGUCGCAUUUCAGCGGAGGACAGUGGAAUUCAGGGGGACAAUGCAGAGAGAGUACGAUAGCCCUUAAUGACAGCCGUGCAUGGCCAAUGCCUGAGAUAAACGUGAUGUUGGAACAAAUCUUGAAGCAAAUGAAGAAUCCUGUAACAGUUCUGAACAUUACCAAUCUGUCCGGGCUAAGGAUCGAUGGCCACCCAUCUGUUUAUGGACGGAAGGCAAUAGGUUUAACAGCAUCGCGCUCCCAGGAUUGCAGCCAUUGGUGCCUUCCUGGAGUGCCAGAUACAUGGAAUGAGCUGCUGUUCUACCAUUUAGUGUCCUCACAAAGUAAAGAUGUAACAAGGUAGUGGCAAAACUAUUUGCCCCGUGAUUUUCUUUUUCUUUUUUUGGAUGGGGCCUUAAUUUUUUGUUUCUGUAAAUGUAAUUUGAUUGUAAAAAGAGCGGAAUCGUUCUUAUCUUUGCAUCCUUUCCCCAGCUGACAAUGUGUCAAGCAAAAAAGUCUGA